GAAAUGGCUAGCAUGCUGGCGCGGUUGUUGAAAACAAACCCAGGGUAACCGUUGUUGAUGUGAGCGUGGGUUCCACUUCAACCGUAAAACUAUUACAAACUGUGCUUAACAUGUGUAGUUAACCAGCUAUUGGCUGUAGUGCAUGCGCUGAUAAAUAUUGAAAUUGUAUCAGCUAGCUAUAACUAUGGAAUUGUCCACUCUGAUAAAAAAGACAGGCCAUCGCUUGGUGGAAAUUAGAGUGCGGGCACUCCAGAACAUAAAGUGCAAGCUGGAUCAUGGCUUAUUGUCUAUUCCCGAUCUUGUCCAAGAGAAAAUGUUGUUCGUUUGCUUGCUUGAGUGGUUUAAUUUCCCUGAAGUGCCAAUGCAAAGAGAAGUACUGGAAAUUCUGCAUGCUUUGGCCGAACAUCCCACAGCUGCACAGAUGCUCAGGGAUGUGGGUGCUGUGGAGUUCUUGACCCAGCUUUCUCCGAAUGUGGAGCCACAGUUGCAAGCUGUUAUUGAUGGCAUCUUUGAUCAACUGUUCCACCUCCCGGAACUACUCUCAAAUUUCCCAGGUGGUUUGUCAUCUGGACAGCAGUUGACAUCCUCUCAUAAUACAGGUUCUGUUUUAGCUCACUUUGAAGAAGAGUCACCUGUAAUGGGGUACUUUCAGAAAAGCUCUAAGACCAGGAACUUUGACAUUCCUCCCCAAAGAAUAGCAGUCAGGGAUUCUGUGAGGUGCUUGAAGUUUUCUACUUUUCCUUGGUUGACUUUGACCACAACAGAUCGACACAUUUUGUCAUCAAAUGAAAGCUCUCUCAGAAGUAGCAACCACAAUUUAGUACGGACCACUUGUGAGCUCCUGCAAGAUGUCAUUAUGCAGGACUUCCCUGCCGAAAUAUUCCUUCAAAGGCCAAGUAUAGUUAAUAAUCUUUUUUCCCUGCUGAAGCUCGGGAUGAAUGAUGCCAGCUACUUGACUGUACACGCGGUCGCCUGCCUGCUACAGCUGUGUACAAAUCUGAGGAGCCGACUUCGCUUUCACAGAGACCCCAGCUUCUACUCGGCCAAACAAGAUGCGGUAUCCCAGAAUUCCUCGAUGUCCUACUCUCAGGAAAUCCGCGGGACCCGCCAGUCUCUGGUGUCCUCCCCAGAGGAGUGCAGUCCCAGGCCCUCGGUGGUUGGACGGACGGGGCAGAGAGCCAGAGGGGACGGUCAGGAUGGUGACGCCGCCUCAUCCAGCGGCAGCAGCUCCCAGGCUGGCCCCGCCCCCGGGCCUCCCCCGCAGUCCCCGCUGGACGCGGCCCAUCUGGAGCUCCCCGAGACGGAGGGCGAGGACGUGCUGGAGCUGCGGCUCCGGCAGCUGAGCCUGGCCCAGUUCAGCGCCGCCGUCUUCGAGCACGCCCUGCCUCUCCUCCAGACAGAGAGAAUGAAGGCCUUCCUGAGUGUCCUGGAGCUUCUGUCAGAGGCUCUGCUGCUCCUGGGAGACAGUGUGUCAGAGCAGGUGUGGGAGGACAGCAGCCUAAUUGGACAGGAGCUGAAAGAAAAGCUGCAGGGGUCCAUGGAAUGUUUAGGAAACAUUCUAUGCCAUCACCACUCCGGCUCUUCCGAGCAGUCGGAGGCCGCGCUGGUUCACCGCAGGAUGACGUACGUGGGCACCGCCGUCUUCACCGUCCGCCUCCUCCAGACUCUGCUCCCCGUGGAACAGGCUGCCGAGAAUCUCCCGGAGAGCGCGGGGACGGCCCUCUUCCUCCUCUGCGUGGACGCGCCCUUCGGCGAAGCCUUCCCCGGCAUCCACGAGUCGGCCGUGGCCUACCUGGAGCAGGUCAACCCCGAGAGCCACGCCACCUACAGGCGCGUGGCCCAGGCCGCGCGGGCCGUGGAGUCCACCUGCACCUUCCUGAAGGAAGUGCACGCUGAGGGGGACAAAAACUGGUCAGAGCUUUUGGAGCUGGCAGACCAGGCCAUAUAUGGACUUCCGUAUCAUCAGCACCUACCGGUUGUGAAGGAGUGCAUUCAGAUCUGCUCCUACGUGUGGAAGUUCGCACAAGCGAGCCCUCUGCUUCGGGCAGAAAGCCAGAAGAUGUUUUUGAGGCUCUUGUCCCAUCCUCUUCAGGCGGUGAAGGCCGAGACUUACACUUGCACCCUGAAUGUUGUGAAGGAUUGCCUCGGAGUUCAGAAUGUCACAAAGCCGGUUUCAUCCAUCUGUAGCGGAGUGAACUUUCUCCUGAACGCCCAUGUCCUUUAUGAAAUUUCUACAUUUGGGCUCCAGGAUCAAGCAGAAAAGGUGAAAUGUGCUGCCAGGGACAUUCUUCUCUUCCUUCUGCAAGGGCAAUUGAUGAUGACACCUCCAACAUGGAACAAAUUAAUUGAAUCAGCCUGCCCAGUCAUCCCUAUAUUGCAGGGCUACGCAGGAGCUGAAGACGCGCUUGGAAACUGUAUCCUGCUGAUAAGUGAAGCGUCAAAUGAAAGGAGAGACGGAGCGUUUUCGAACGCCACCAGACUGAGAGGGGCUAUCCGUCUGCUCUUCUCUAAGCACCCAGCGGUGCGGGGCACUGCGGCCCAGCAUCUCUUGCCCCACCUCACCAGCGCAGGCGGCCUUGCUUCACGCCCGCCUUUGGAACGUGCCGUUUUGGAAGCGUUGCCGUCCUUAUACGUCGUGAACAAGCUGGUGGACAUAAAACUCAAUGACUCAGACAGGUCUCUUUUGAAGGUGGAGUCCGUAAGCAAGCUCUACAGCAUCCUCGCCUCAGAGACGGUUGACCUUGUUCUCAGGAGAUCUGCAGCAGAGCAGUUGGCUGUUGUUUUGCAGGAUACAGCAAUGCACGCGGUUUUAAAGAGUUUGGGACUGGUGGAGAAGGUGACAUCUUUUAUUCAAGAUUGCGUGAACAGCAAAAUUAAGAACACAGACUGCCUGUUGGAGCCCUGCUUUUCCAUGCUGAGGAAGUUAGUGACCGCCGACCCUUCGCUGCGCCACACCCUGGCUCAGCGGCCCGCCUUCCUGGUCACGCUGCUCAGAGCCUCAUUGAUAGUGAAGGAGGAUACAGGGGACUUGUCAGAGGCGGCCGCGCUCAUGUGCAUGUUGAUGUUCGAUGAAAGCGCAAGGAUGGACCUGUGGACCGACAGUUCUGAUGCCCGUGCAGUUCCCUCCCCGUUCUCAGUCCCAGUGUCUGUGAUAAGGAGGUAUGACCUGCCGCUUCAAGCCUCGUCUCACCACGCGGUCAGCCCGUACUGCGUCGUUCUGCCUCCGUACGCCGACCUGAAGACUCUGAAACCGGCUUGGGAGAUGCUGCAGUUUGCCUGGAACCGAGCGUGGCAUUCUGGGAUAGAUAACCUCCUAGAGCAACUGAAGGGCUACGGAGGUGACCUCCCAGAGUUCCACGCCGAUCUGACGAUGCCUGCAGCCCAGGGGGCGCUGUUGAAAGUAACGCACGUCAGCAGCGGGCUGCGGGACUGCCUGGAGUCCGUCCGCGGCGCCGACUCCCACAGCGCCGUCGGCUGCGCGCUGGCGAGGCUGCGCUUCUACCUCCUGACAGACCGCCUGGCCCUCAAGCUGGGCUCCGACAGCUCCAAGAGCGUCCUGAAGACUCUGGGGUGGCGACCUGCCAUCGAGAGGUUCCUCCAAGUUCAGCCCGCUUGCACAGAAGACGAAAAGCUUCUGGCGGACAUUGUGGCCUUUCUCAACGCCUUUUUCAAGCAGCAGAAGUCUGAAGCUGACGAAGCUGACGUGCGGUGGAUACUGGAGUUGCUUCUUAAACAGGAGAGGAAGACUCUGCUGGGCCUGCUGGCGCGCGGCGAGGCUCCGUCGCCGGGGGACGCGGAGGAAGCUCGGGAUCUCGUCACCCAGCGGCUGCAGAAGGCCCUGUCAGGCUUCUUCAACACGCUGCUGCAUCGUCUCGCCCACACCUCCGACAGGAUGAGCCUGGCCUUGGCGGGGCCUUUCAAGACGCAGCUGGCCGCGGGCCUGCUCCAGUGCCUGCGCGUGUCGGACGCGCCCCACUUCUACGGCCUGCCCUCGCUGGAGAGGACCCUGCGGGGGAUGGCCCACGUCACCGCCCUCCCCGGGUGGAGCUCGGGCGCCCCCGCCCCGGACUCCCUGGAGCUGUGCGUCAAGUACCUGAGCGGCCUGCUGGAGGUCAUAUCCUCUUUCUAUGUGGAAUGGGGGGGGAACUCCAUGUCAUUCAUGGGAAAAGGAGUCACAAAGAACGCGGUCCUCUGCUUGCUUCAUUUAUCAUAUGAAAUGAUGUCAGAGAGCAAGGAUAAGGAUUGGAUGUCCCUGUGGUCUCUGUCACAUGACCAGAGCUCUGAUGAGCCAGCUGCAUCUCAUUUGGGCCUGGCGUGGCUCAUUCCCUUGUGGGUGGACAGGGACCCUGAGGUGAGGUUCGCGAGCCUCGGCGUGGGCUCGGCGCUAACCGCGGUGCCGAGCGGAUGCCUUGCCCUCGCCGCCAGCUGCCAGAACAUCUCCGGCGGGCUGUGGGCGACGCUGCUGAGCAUCCUGCUGGACCAGCAGGAGUGCAGCAUGGUGCGCAGGGAGGCAGCAUUUAUUCUACAAAAUCUGCUUGUGAUGCCCAUGCCUGCCAGUAUGGAAGAAGCUAAAGACUGUGCUUGGCAGGGUCCGUGUGUGCACGAUGAGAGCUCUGGCCUGUCUCUGGUGGGGCUGCCUGCCCUGCAAGCCCUCCUGUACCACUGCCAGUUCUUCGAGCACAUCGGCCAAGCUGUCAGGUCCUGCUACCAGGGCAGGUACACCUUCGACCUGACCUUUCCCAGAGCUCCUAGCCUUGUGGGCAGCGUGACCGAAGAUUUUGAUGACUCACUGAAGCACUGGAGAUGCCCCACUGGACCAUUAAACCAGGGCCCGGAGUCAGACUCCCAGUCCACAUCGAGCACUCUGAUUCUUCCAGAAGAGCCAGGUGAAAGCUGUGCGCCUCCGCUGUCCUCCUCCAGGGCUCCCACUCAGCAGAUUGACAGCCGGCUCGUCGCCCAGGGCCAGAGCGACACCAGCGACUCCGGCAGCUCCCGGGACUCCCGCGCCGGGGAGGGGGCCCCGGAGCCCCGCGCCAUCGUCACCCCCCACCUGGCGUCGGCCGUCGCGGGGCUGCUGGCCAACCUGCUGGCCGUGCUGCCCGAGUUCACCCUCAGCGCCCUGGAGCACGGCCAAACCCUGGCCGCUUUCGCCAGUCUGGUCGAUGUGGGACCAAUAGAACGGUGCCUGGGUGAGCUGAAGACCCCCGGCCUGCUUCCCGGCAGUGAGGAAGACGCUAAGAACCAGGUUCUGAGCCUAUUCCAGUUCCUCUCCAGUUUUUCGAAAUUAUUUCAGUCGUGUGUCAUCCAAAAGCCAGAGCUGGUCUCUCGGAUGGAGUUUAUCAAACCCUUGCUGGCCAGUGCGUUUACCCUGCUUACGCUGAACAUCGAAGACAUUGAUGCGGGGACCAGAAGCUGCGCGCUGCAAACCUGGGCCGACGCGUUGGCGCUCCUGGCCGCGCUGCUGAGGACCGACAGCGCGGCGGUGCUCCCAUCUGUCGCCGGCGCUCUGGGAAAGCACUGGCAGCCAUUUUCAGGCGCUCUGUCGCUCUGCGUCCGGCUGUCCAGCGAGCGGCCCGCGCUCUGCUCCGCCGCGCUCCGCUUUCUCGCCGCCGCCCUGUCCGAGGAAGCGAAGAGGCGCGCGCAGGAAGUGGCCCGGCUCGGUAAACCGGGCCCGGCGACGCCUUUAUCCCGGCUCCUGAGUGACUCACCCGGAGCCCAGCUGUGUGAAGUCCUGCUGGAGAGCUUUGAGAAGCAAAUGUUUCAAGAUCCUCUGAAGAAGGUUUCUGCAAGGGCUCUCAUGUCUUUGCUUGCAAGCAGUCCGAGUGCGCAGACUCAUGCAUUGAAAGCUGGCCUGAUUGACAGUUCUGUGGAGCAAAUGAAGCACACCUAUACUCAGCUCCAUCUUGAGUCCCUCAAACCUGGAAAAGCUGCUCAAAGGAAAAAGGAAGAGAGCUGCAUGAGAGAACUAAAGAUGAUUUUGCAGAUACUCAGAAACUGCCUUUAUAAUCAUGAUGAAUGCAAAACCGCAGCCUCCGACUCUCGCCUGGCGCACGCGGUACACGCCCUCUGGCCCUGGCUUCUGCAGGACGACCGCGCCAUGGAGGCCGCGCUGGAGCUGCUCUGCGUCUACACCGCCAACUGUACCGCAGCUUGCAGCUCGCUGUGCUGGAGUAAUGCUGGACAGGGCCCUUUCCCCAGAGGUCCCACAAACAGCUCUUUGAUGCACAGUGUCAUGAAGCUGGCCUCCCACGUAGCCGCUGAAAACAGCCCCGUCCAGCGCCUGGCUUUUUCCCUGCUCUCCAACCUUGCCAUAUCCCGUGACUGUAAAGGGGUUCUGCAGAAGAGCAAUUUUCUGCAGUAUUUCCUGUCAAUACCACUACCAAAACCAGGGUCAAAGAGCCCUAACCCAUCAGUGAGUUUGUGGUUGAAGCUUCUGCUGAAUAUGUCCUUUGGCGAAGAUGGUCAGCAGACCAUACUGAAGAUAAAUGGCAGUUUGGAACUGCUGACAGAGAUGUCACAGUACAAACACAACGGCAACAGACCAGCUGCCCUGCUCAUUCUGCACAAUAUCUGCUUCAGUUCUGCCAAUAAACCAAAAAUCUUGGCUAGUGAUAAAUCUGUUGGGGUGUUGGUGUCCUGUCUGGAGAGCAAACUGCCGGACAUCCGUGCAGUAGGAGCAUCAGCGCUGUGGGCACUAUUACACAAUAAUCAGAAGGCAAAGGUGACUUUGAAGUGUCCCUCUGUCAGAGCUAAAGUUGAUGAAGCGUAUGCCUCAGCCAAAAAAGAAGCAGAGGAGAACAAAGACGAAGCCUUGAACUCUUACCUACUGAAGUGCCUGGCAAAGCUGGCUCAUCUGUUGAAUAACUGAAUGUUCUAAGCUGUGACUGUGAUAUAUGAACUGAGAAUAUAAUUUUUAUAACGUGCUUUUUAUAUUUUAUAUUAGGGUUUCAUAGACCUUUUGCUUUUUAAAUAAAGUGUAUAUUAGUAUUUAUAUAUUUUUUAAUGAUAUUGUUUAUCGAAUUGUUUAGUUUUUAUGUUAAAUAAAGUGUGGGAUAAAAAACUUCUGUCUCAUUUUUUUAAAAACAACAUGCUUUCUCGGGGAAAGAAGUGACUCACUUAAUGAAAAAUUAUAUUAGUAAAUUAACUUUGUUUCAUUAACGCAAUUUCCAAGAGGCGGUAAAAAAUAAUUAUUUUGGUCAUAUGCAUACGCCCAUUGACACUGUAAACAUCUAAGAAUUUCUGUGGCCUGGGGAUGGCACUGUAGAAUGCUCCAUCUGACGCACACUGAGGAGCUCGUGUGCAGAAAAUGGGCCGUCAGUGUGGCUGAAGUGCCGUUCUGUAGUGCUUUCAAACAGGAAGUGCUGGUUGAAGCUCCUCGCUCAUCAAUGCUGCAUUCAUUCCUUCUGGCCUGCCGUGAGUGGAGUAAGAUGAAGAAAAUACAAAAGGAUUGCUGGUACUUCAUGGUACUUCUGAUUCUGCUUGGUUCGACCAGAGAUGCCUUCUCAGCAAAACCUGCAGACUCCAUCGUGAAACUAGAGCAGAGUAUAACUCUGGAAUGCCUAUGUCCUUGGAGUGGAAACCUCAGCAUGAUAGCCUGGGUGAAGAUGCCAGAAAAAAAGCAAGUAGCUGUU